AUGGCCUUUCACCAGCUGCUGCGGCCGCAUGCCGCUCCUUUGGCUGCCCUUAGUGCAGCUCUUGUGCUCUACCCUACCAAGACACGCCUGCGCAAACCCAUCUACGAUAUCCCCGCCGACGAGCCCACUCCCGCCGACAUCUCCGCGACCACACCACCGCCCGCUUCAGGCAUAACAGACAAGCCGCAAGAUGAGCCUUCACCCCUCACGCCGCGGAGACCCUCGCCCACCGACCGUCUCGCGGCCGAGAUAAGGCGCGGUCGCCUGCUCCUUCACAGCUACGCCGUACGCGCCGAGGACGCAGUAAACGGCGGAAUGGACCGCUUCAUGUCCGCCGAGCACAGCUUCACCUCCACCGUCGCCUCGCUAGCACCGCCCAAGGAGAGCAACGAGAAGCUGCUCCCGGGUUCGAUCUACGUGCUCGUAGCGGCAAUGGCCGGCAGCAUCAUCGCGCGGAAUCGGAACAUCCUCAUCCGCGCUGUGACACCGCUCAUUACGGGAGUAGGGACAGCGACCUAUGUCAUUCCGCGCACGACGCAGAACGUUGGAAAUUUGAUCUGGAGCUAUGAGGAGAAGUAUCCUGUCGUCAGAGACAACCAUCUUCGGGCUAGCCAAAGCAUAAGGCACUUCAUUGAGACCGGCAGAGCGCACAGCCAGAUGGGCUUGGCAAUGGCGGAGGAAAGGGUGCAAGGUGUACGACAGGCGGUGGAGGAUUGGCUGAAGAAGGGGCAAUGA